UCUAUAUGAAAUGCUAAAAUUACCGUACAACUACACCCAAUCACAGAUGGCAUCAGCCAGAGCAUGGAUUGCCUUGACAUUUUGCAAGAACAAGAAAAUGCCACAGAAACAUCUAGUCACUACAACUGAUGACAGUGAUUAUACCUGUGCUAAUGACAAUGAUGUACAAAUAGUUGAGGAACGUACAAGUGCUCUCAAAGAUACUGAUACCUACAGCCAAAGUCAUGAAAUACAUACUGCCAUACAAACUGACAGUAAGGAGGAAGAAGAGUCACAGUCAGAAAAGAAAUUAUAUACUAUUCAUUGCACCACAAAGGAAAUGGAGACAACACUGAAAAAAUUGGAGUCAACAGGUGUCAUCCAGACAUUGUUGGACGUGUGCCCCACCCAACAACCACCCAACAUUUCUCGAAGAGUGACCAUCGAGGAGAGCACAAGGCAGUGGCGGCACUUCACUAUUGGAGCAAAGUUUCCAUGGCCUAUUAUUAAGAAAGCAAUAAAUUAUUUUAAAAAACGGUACUUUUCAAACCCCAGUAGUGCAAGGUACAUGGACCCAAAAGACAUUGACAAUUUUAGUGAAUUUAUGGGGGAAUCAGGAGACUGGAUUUAUUGUGUCAAAUCAAGACAUGCUGUCUUCCAUGUCUUGGCCUACCAUCAUCUAGGCACUUGGGCGACAGAUGACAUUGCAGCCAAGUUGAAACUGAGUCAUCCCUAA